AUGUUGGCGCACACCCCCGCAUAUCAUAUCCAUCAUUACCUUAUCAUCAACUUCAAGUCUCCUUCCGUCAAUGUUGUCCAUCCCUUCGAAUACCUCCGCUUCGUCGUUCCAUCGCACCACCAGUGGGAGCCAAUCAGCAUUCGCUCGAACCUCGAUGGAAAGGUCAGAAGAGUAGCAACUGCCGAUGGUAGCGAAGUUGAUUUAUCUGAUCAUCUCGAUCCUGACGAGUUCCCUGAUUUGGACAAGAUCAUCAUCACAGACUGGACCACGCAUGAACCUCAACAAGGCAUUAUGUCCUGGAUUGAUCACAUGCAUCGUCGCUCUCGAGGUCUCGAGCUGGGAACGUUCGGAUCGCGCUUGCUCUCUAGCGCAUUCCGCGAGCAGUCCGCGAAGUGGGCCCUUAUAACGAAGCAGUAUCUCAGCAAGAUCAUUUUGGCAAUCCACAGGUUUAUCCUCAGGGCCAUAAGGGAGGUCUGUACGGAUCCCAGGGUUCGUGAAGAACUCAUAUCCAGCGUCAUGAAUGAACUCCUGCCUAGGUACAGCAACGGAAUGGAGCAAGCCAUUUUCUUGGUGGAGGUAGAAAGGGAGAAAAGGCCUGUUCGAAUAACAGAGGCGCUUAAGGGUCAAGCUCGAAGAGAAAGUACCAAGUGGGGAAAGCUCGUAGUCGAGCUUAAUAGCAUUCAAUCCACUAUGAGCAAUAUGAGCAAUGCAGAGCACACCGCAGAAGACAUCCACGACAUCCUUCACGCCUAUUACAAGGUAGCCUGUAAGCGAUUCAUCGAUAACGUAUACCACCAAGCCGUCGAUCACUGUCUCCUUUCGGGGCCCAUGAGCCCUUUGGCGCUUUUUCCCGAGCAAUGGGUUCUCCAAUUGGAUAUCGAUAAGUUAACUGCCAUUGCCGGAGAAGCACGCAUAACUAGGGACAACCGAGAAAGGCUAGAAAAAACCAUUCAGGACUUGGAAGAGGCAGUCAAAAUUCUACACUGA